GGCUUGCCAAAUCGGAUGAGAGUACAGUUGAGACAAGAUAGGAGAGGACUGCAAAAAAAAAAAGAAGGAGAAAGAGAGCAAGCUAGGGUGGCAGAAGAAGAGAGAGUGACAGUGUGUAGUGAGUGUAACAAGAGGAUAAAAGAGAGAGUGGGUGAGGCUGAUAUAAAAGGAUAAAGGCGGAGUUGUGGUUUGUGUCACAUGAUCCCCUGGCAGGCUGUAGCCUAGUGAGCUCCAGGUGGCAGAGAGACCAGAGAUACAGAGAAAAAAAGAAAGCAGGAGAAUUAUUCCUGAUCCUGCUUGCCCCCUCUCCUCUCCCGGCCCCAGCAGGCCAGGGAAUGUCCCGGCAGCAAGAUGCCUUAUGUGGACCGACAGAACCGCAUCUGUGGCUUCUUGGACAUAGAGGAGUUCGAAAGCAGUGGCAAGUUCCUGCGUCGUUACUUCAUACUGGACACACAGCAGGGAAGCUUGGUGUGGUUUAUGGACAACCCACAGAACCUGCCUGUUGGUACAGACUGUGUUGGCUCCCUCAAGCUUACCUACAUCUCUAAGGUCAGCGAUGCCACUAAGCAGAGGCCGAAGGCUGAAUUCUGCUUUGUCAUCAAUGCUGGAAUGAGGAAGUUCUUCCUGCAGGCCAACGAUCAGCAGGACCUCGUGGACUGGGUCGAUGCUCUCAAUAAAGCCACUAAGAUCACUGUGCCAAAGUUGUGUGAUGGACAGCAGAAUGCAGAGAACCAGAAGGCUUUACCGGAUCUAAUAGGGCCCAAGAAACAAGUCUCCUAUAAGACAGAGAUCAUUGGAGGAGUGCCCAUUGUCACUCAGACACAACAUGAUGGUGGUGAUGGUGCAGACAGAGCGGAGCGGGAGGCCAUGCAUCGCUCCCACAGCCAGCUGCCGUACUUCCUGGGCAGGCCAACUCAGGAGCAUGCCGCCAUCAAGUCAGGCUACUGCGUCAAGCAAGGAGCUGUGAUGAGGAACUGGAAACGGCGAUAUUUCCUACUGGAAGAAAACUCAAUGAGUUACUUCAAGUCAGAUUUGGAGAAAGAGCCUCUGAGAAUGAUCCCACUGAAGGAAGUUCACAAAGUCCAGGAGUGCAAACAGAGUGACAUUCUGAUGAGAGAUAAUCUGUUUGAAGUCGUCACCACAUCAAGGACGUUUUACAUACAGGCAGACAGCCCAGAGGAGAUGCACAGCUGGAUCAAGGCUGUCUCAGGGGCCAUUGUGGCCCAGCGGGGGCCUGGGAGGUCUGCUGCCACAAUGCGGCAGGCCAGACGGCUGUCGAACCCCUGUAUACAGAGGUAUACGUCUCGAAUCGGGGAGUGCAGCAGCACUCUGCUGCAGCUGUGUACCUGUCUUAGAUGUGUGACAUCCUGCUUGUCUCUCCUCCUCCCUCCUGUUCGCUGCCUGAACACAGCGCCCGUUCCACUUUCUACCGCAGCCCCGCGGGUCCCCCCGUCCCUCGCUCGCCCAUAUCUGCCAUGCCACCAUGCUACCCAGAGUGGGGGGCUGCUGUCACGUGCGGCACACGCUCGCAGCCUGGCAUGGGACAGCGAGCACUUCAUGAGCCUGCUGCCACGGCCCAUUCACAGCCACACGCCAGCACGCCUGUCCCUGCAGGAGACGCGCCUGGCAAAGUGACCUGCGUUCCACCUGUGACCAACAUUUCUAACUCUGAGGAGUCACCGUGGCGACGGCGGAGCAGCUUUGAGACCAACAUGCCUGAACCACCCCUGGACCUGGAUGACGCUGACCUGCCUGUGAGCCAGGUCUGAGCUGUUAAACUGCACAUUAAAACUCGCUUUUCUGGUUGGAUGUUGAGAGAGAUUCAGAGAGGAAACCAUGCGCAACAGGUGUUGGGGGGGGGGGGGGGGGGGGGGGGAGGGCAGACAUUGGUUUUCAAACCAAAGCUGUAGACGGAUUAAAAUGUACUACGUCACAAUGUUUAUGAGCUCCUCCGUCAGUGUGCUAGAGAAACAAGUUGGGUGACCACUGAACUGCACUCACGUGCCAAAGACGACCCAGUCUUCUCUCACGCCCCCUCUGCCUGCCUGCUGUCACAUUCACAAUGAUAUAUUUAUUUACUAAAAUGAGGAUUAGAAUUCAAUGACGGAGCUUAAUUUUAACCAGGAUGGGCACAAAGAUAUGACGGAGGAUUUUUGUAAAAAAUUAUUCGUGCCAAGAAAAUAAGGGAGCUUUCAAGGGUGCAAACUAUUUCCUUGUGUCUGAAAAGUGUGUUCAAACUGAGGACUGGCUCUUCACCUCUCUAAUCUACUUCUUUCAACUGUGUGGUCCAAAUGCAUACACUCAGUAUUCAUUCACCCUGGAUUUGUCUACUAUUGUUAGCCAGCCAUAUAGCUAGGGGUCAAGCCUAGCCUGAGAUCAAAUCCUCAAUAAAGGAUGCAAGUCCUAAUUGAGAGAUUCUGGACUGGUCUAUGACUAAAUGCACAAAAUAUCUAUAGAUUUGUAUAUGAUUCAUUGUGUAUGAUAAUGCAAGACUAAUUGUUUCACAGUCAGAUUUAGUCAACUUUUUUUAACAGUCAUUAAGCCUUUGACUUAAAUUGCUCGUUCAUUCGUUCAAUAUAUAGUAGGGAUAAAGUCAAUGAGAUUUUAGUUGACUGUAAUUGAUCACAAGCAGAAGUAACUUACAUGUAAAUCUACAGUGACUAGUUUUUACAGUUAAUCACAGAUAAUGGUAUGAAAGUGAGAGUACUGUGCAAAAGAAAAACAAACGUCUACGCUAUCACAGUACAUGCAUUGCUUCUCAACCUGAAUCAGCUUUUUUUCCGGAAAUACAUUUCAGCAUAGACUUUAUGGACUCCCGUUUGACACUGGGUGACGUAGGAACUAAACGAGAUGUACAGGUAGUACGCUUGUAUACAGUUUGUAAUUCAUAGUAAUAAAAACUUCAGCAAUAGGGCUGGGUCAGUUAAAUAAGCUUCAUGUCCUGACUGGGUAAUAACCAGCUCAACCAGAGUUAACUAAACGUGCAGUUCAUUGUUUGAAGAUGAGUAUACUGUAUAAACACCAUGCAAACAUUUUGAAUCAUGGGUUUAACAGAAAAAAACAUUCAAGCUCAGACACUUCUGUUGCAUGUUAACAUUUUAUUGAUUCCUUAGUUUUUCUGUUUUUAGAUUUUAUCUACGGCCUUUCUGUGUAUUGUGUAUUUGCAGAAUAGAGAUGUGUGCAGCAGAUUUAUUUUUUUAUAUGCUUUUAGAUGUUUCUUUAGAUGUGAUAUUAUUCUGUUUCUGUGUUGCCAACCCAGCAGCAGGCAGCUGCCUCAUGGUUUUAUUUUGAAAUGCCUCACUGUAGUCCUGUUAAAUAAUACACACUAAUAUUUUCUUUUUUUAAGUGCCUGCUUCAUUUAAGCCCAACCAAGUCUAGCUGUAUUACCCCUUUUCAGUCUGGUGUAAUUGGUUUGAAUUGUCUCUAUUUAUUACGUGGAUGACUUGAAACAAAUAAACAUUGAAAAUGUG